AUUAACAUAAAAAACAAAAAAAAAGUUUAUGCAAAUACUCAUUAUCAAAUGUUGCACUUUAAGUGUGUUCAUUGUUUGGGUUGAGUCGGUUUUGGCCAAACCUGCUACUCGACCCAACCAAAUUUUAUCGGUUUAGGUCAAAACUUGUAUUUUUAUUGUACAGGUCGAGUUGCGGGUUCACAAAUUUGAAACUAUAAAUCGGCUACCCAAAUCAAACCACUUUGGAUUUGUAAUGUAACGAUUGGUUUGGAUUGAACCCAAACUUGAAUAUAAGGCGGGUUUGGAUCAUGAGAAUGAUAAUCCAAACACCAAACUCCCUUACUUCACUUUAACCUAGCCUCCAUCUCAAGCUUAUACCAAUUUGAGUGUCUUUUGCCUCUCACAUUGAUCCCCUUUUUCACUACGUUUUCUAUUCAGAACAAUGAAUUUGUUGGGUCUGCUCGGAAUUCAUGUUGAAAGAGGAGUCAAUCUUGCUAUCAGGGAUGUAAUUAGCAGUGAUCCUUAUGUUAUCAUCAAAAUGGGAAAACAGAAGCUGAAAACUAGGGUAGUGAAGAAGAAUCUAAAUCCUAAGUGGAAUGACGACUUGACAUUAACCAUUUCAGAUCCUCAUACUCCAAUUCAUCUACAUGUGUACGAUAAGGACAGAUUUAGCAUGGAUGACAAAAUGGGGGAUGCUGAGUUUGACAUCAGUCCAUUUGUGGAAGCAGUAAAGAUGCGGUUGCAAGGUCUCCCAAAUGAUACUAUAAUUACAAGGGUGCAACCUAGCAGACAAAAUUGUUUAGCAGGAGAGAGUCACAUUGUUUUGAAAAAUGGUAAAGUUGUCCAAAAGUUGGUUCUUAGAUUAAGAAAUGUUGAAUGUGGGGAAGUGGAGAUUCAAUUGCAUUGGAUUGACAUUCCUGGUUCAAAGGCUCUUUAGGUUACAAAAUAUUUCUUCUUGGCAUUUAUGUUGUCAUUAGCGCGCUAUAGCGGUGCUAUGGUGGAAUGGCAUAGAGGUGGUCGGAUUGAUGACGCGAUACUUUUGGCCUGCGAGCCACCGCCAACAAUAGUGGUUGUUGUGGAGAAUUUGUGUCUUCAGACCCCUAUCCACUAUUAGGGUUUCACGGUAAAAUUCCUCGAAUCCAUUUUUUUUAAACAAUUGUUUUUUAAGAGUAUAAAUGUCAAUUCGAACCAGUUUAAGGGUGAUGUUCUGUUCUUCAUUAUGUUAUGUUAUUGCUCACAAACAAUUGUUAUGUCAAUCCUCAUACUUUUAGUUCAGUUCUAUUUUUGUUUUCUACUUUUUUUAAGUUUUAUUGCUUUGUACUCUAGGUUCUUUAGUUAUUAAGUAGGAUGGUCUCUUUAAUGUUAUGUAUUUUUCUAUUUUUGAGUAUUUAUGUUUACUCGGUACACCGGUUUUUAGUCAUUGCAAUAGCGGCUAUCCCGCUAUCUGCUAGUGUGACAGAGUUGGGUGACAUUGGCCAAUCACAAUGUCACAAUGCUUCUGAAAGAGAGAGAAACACAAGCAUUUUGACAUUGUGAUUGGCCAAUGUCACCCAACUCUAUGUCACAGAAGUGCUACCCGCAUUUUAGAGGGUCGGUGCUACGCAACGCUAUCUCAGAUUAACAACAUGGCUUGGCAUGUUGUAGUAUGAGAGUUACAACCUCUUUCUACUUUGAUCAUUUAGUUUUUCACAUAACUUACAAAUAGUUCCUGUUGAGAUGUCCUUUACUAAAAAA